GUUUCUUUGUUACACAUUGAACAUCAAAAACUACAACAAAUUAUCGCGAAUGACCGAUUUCAUUUCAUGGCCAAUUCAUACAGAGAGUUGUUAAAUAGAACACAAAAUGGAUAAACAUAACAGUUCAGAGUUACUAAGUUCUGAAUUUUCGUUAUCGAAAAAUGCUAGUUCGGACUCUUUGGAUUCUGAUUCUAAAUCGAGUUCAUUGAAUUCUAAACACGGACAAGACUCCCCCAAUGUUCUAGGAGACAUUCAGUUGUUAGAUGGUGAGAAAGUAAUGAGUGUGGCUCGAGAUGUAACAUACUUGUGUCCAUAUAGUGGCCCCUCCCGAGGAGUGCUUAAAGUUACCAACUACCAGCUUCAUUUCAGACCCACGGACCCUACUGCGCUGCAAGGGACAUUGAGUGUGCCUUUGGGAGUUGUAUCUCGCAUAGAAAAAGUGGGUGGAGCUUCCUCCAAAGGCGAAAAUUCCUAUGGCAUUGAAGUGUUUUGUAAAGAUAUGAGAAAUCUACGCUUCGCUCAUAAACAAGAGAAUCAUUCUCGUCGUGGAAUAUUUGAAAAGUUGCAGCAGCUUGCAUUUCCUUUGUCACACAGACUGCCACUAUUUGCAUUCAGUUAUUCGGAGACAUUUCCUGAUGAUGGAUGGCAUAUUUAUGAGCCCAUUGCAGAAUUAAGAAGAAUGGGUGUAAACAACGACAUGUGGCGGAUAACACGUAUCAACGAUAAGUAUGAAGUAUGCGACAGUUACCCUGCCGUGUGGGCGGUUCCGGCGGCCGCUAACGACGAUCUCUUGCGGUCCGUGGCUACGUUCAGGUCGCGUGGACGGCUGCCUGUUCUUGCCUGGAUACACCCCAGCUCACAAGCCACUAUUACUAGAUGCAGUCAACCGUUAGUUGGUGUGAGCGGCAAACGCAGCCGCGAGGACGAGCGCUACAUCCAAUUAAUAAUGGAUGCAAAUGCGCAGGCGCACAAAUUGUUCAUCAUGGACGCUCGGCCGACUGCUAACGCGGUCGCUAACAAGACUAGAGGAGGAGGGUAUGAAUCCGAGGAUGCUUACCAGAACGCUGACUUGGUGUUCUUGGACAUUCACAACAUCCACGUAAUGCGGGAGUGCUUGCGUAAAAUUAAAGAACUGUGCUUCCCUCAGAUAGAUCAGACCAGAUGGUUCAGUGGAAUAGAGGCUAGCUGUUGGCUGAAGCACAUUAAAUGUAUAUUAGCUGGAGCAGUACGCAUUGUCGACAAGGUAGAAAACCAUAAGACGUCAGUGCUGGUGCAUUGCUCGGACGGGUGGGACCGCACCGCGCAGCUCACCGCCCUCGCCAUGCUGAUGCUGGACCCGUAUUACAGGACCCUGCGAGGAUUCGAAGUGCUCAUAGAAAAAGAAUGGCUUUCGUUCGGACAUAAGUUCCAGUUGCGUAUAGGCCACGGCGACGACCGUCACUCAGACGCGGAUCGGUCUCCAGUGUUCGUGCAAUGGAUGGACUGCGUGUGGCAGUUACAGCAGCAGUUCCCGACAGCCUUCGAGUUCACAGAGAGAUUGCUAAUCACCAUUGUCGAUCAUCUUUACUCGUGUCGGUUCGGCACGUUCCUUUUCAACACGGAGAGGGAGAGAGUUAAAGAAGAGGUAAAGACCAAAACGGUUUCAUUAUGGUCGUACAUAAACAGUCGUCAGGAUUUAUACUUAAACCCGUUGUACUGGGGUCCGUCUUCAUUCGGGGCCAAUUCGCCUACGACGCCGUACACGAGGCCGCAAGUCGUGCUCGUGCCCGUCGCUUCACUCAGGGUCAUCAAGCUGUGGAAGGCGCUUUAUUGCAGAUGGAACCCUACCAUGAGGCAGCAGGACCCGAUCUACCAGCGCACGCGCGAGCUGGUGGCGCUGCGCGCGCAGCUGGAGGCGGCGGCGGCGAGCGCGGCGGGCGAGCACGCCGCCAAGCACCACCGCCUCGGCCUCACGCCGCCGCGCGUCGCCAGCCCGCACCACGCCUGAAGCUGCUCCACCUUCAGCGCCAUGUGCCACACGUGGAUAUUUGACGAUGUGUAAUCGUGAACGUGCAGCGGCGCAAUGGCUCUGUUGCCAGACCCGUAAAGUAGAAAAAAACAUUCAAUAUAUUCGUCAUAUGGACUUGUUCUUAUAAAACUGUAUACACACCGGUAUUCUAAAUUCUCACAAUUUGUAUUUGUAUCAGUAAUGCCAGAUGUUUAAUUUGUAAUAUGCCGAAAUUCAAUUCAGGAAUAAUCACUCCUGACAAUAUUGUUUCACAGAAAAUAUGUUCCGCGAUUCAAGUUCGUUUAUAAUUUUUAAACGUACUUUUUUGCAUCAAAAACAGAAUUUCGGUCAUCUAGAUCUUCAUGUAAGCUAUUACAGAUGAUUUUUGAGUGGGAAAUAUACGGUUGUGUAUAUUGGUUUUAGUAUAUCAAUGUAUUUUGAGGAGUAAAAGAAGCCAUCACAGUGUGAUGUAAGUGAAGUGGAUUUUCCUUAACUUGUGAUCAUUAUAAAGGUGUGGGACGCACCUGUGUCGGGAAGAACACUGAAAACCUGCAUCACUGUUCUGUCUACAACAGCAAGGCAUUCGUGUUUCUUCUUCCUCCGUUAUAAUUUAUAACUAAAAAUAUGAUGUAUUCGUAAGUAUAAUGUAGUGGUAAAUAAUGGAGAAUUUUGUUUUGACGCCUGUAUAGCGCCUCCAAAUUAGCAGCCCCAAUAGUUCCAUUAUAUAGAAACAUGCGCGGCAAAUAUGAAGUCCUUAACUUUGUAUUCAGUAACGAAAUACUUUUAGAAUGUUAACUGUGUAAUACAAAAUAGUAAUAAAAAUAAUAAUAUUGUGCUAGUUAUCUACAGUUGUUUAUGAAAACGGUAUUUCGAUAUUAACUUUUAUUGCCAAGUAUUCAAUUUAUAAAAAUAUUAUUAUAAUAGAAAGAAGGUACCGAAAGUAUUUUAUAUUAUUUAGUUCAUUUCGCGAAACACAUAAUAUCCUUGUAACUUUCUUCUUCAAUGGUGAAUUUAUUUUUAAUUAUUCAAAUGUUACGGCGUGGCUACUACUUGAAAACCAGUCUGUUACUUUAUUCCUUUUACAUAUAUUAUCCAAUCAAGACGAGUCGAUUUACAGCCGUAUUCAAUAAACGAUCCCAAUUUCGAUCUUCAAUCCGUUACCGAGAAUAAACCAAUCGAAAUUAGUUAUUUGUAAACAUGUAAAAAAUCUUUGUUCUGAUUGGUGCAUUUUUGAGAUAGAUCAAAAAAGGGAUUGAGAUCGUGUAUUGAAAAUUACGGUUGUUUGACAGCUACUUAGAUUAAACAAGUCCUUGAACAUAGGCUAAGUAUUUUUAAAACUGGAAAAUUAUUGGUGGGAAUUAUGAGUAUUCCGGGAAAAGUUACGCGGACGGAGCCGCGAGCAAACAUUAGUGAAUUAUAAAUAUACUAACAUUGAUAUAUAUGUAGAAUAUACGUUAAUGUAUACUAAAUAAUGAAUAUUGAUAGAUAUCGUAGUAAAGUUAAUAAACAUAUGAGUGUAUUUAAUACUUCUAGUGCUUGUUUACAUUUAGUUAAGUAAUGUAAAAUAGCUUCGGCUUUCACUUUAUUUUUAUAUUUAUGUAUAGAAAUAAUUGUCGUAUUUUAUGCACAUUUAUUAAUUUCACAUAUCUAUUAUAAGAAGCCAAAUUACUACAAUAAAUAACUUAGUUGUAAUAUGCACAAAGACUAUUCUAUUUGUCUCGCGUAUAGAGAUAAUUAAAUUAUAAUAAGCAAUGGCGGCCUUAACCCCCGCGAAGCCGAGGAAAAUGAAAGCUCCCGAUAUUAACAGUUUUGUAGGUAAGAUGGUAAAAAAAGGUCCUCUAAGGCCCCUGUCAGCGCGAGGCACCGGAAGGUCGUCUCCUCUAAGUUCGUCACUGCUAAUAAGUAAACCCCUUAUUCAUAGACGUUAUUUAUCUAAGGAUGGAGCAUUGCUGUGAUAACACGUCUGUUUCUCAACUUUGUUUAUCUGACAGCAUGCUGUUUGUUCAGCUUUGUUUAUCUGACAGCCAACCAGCUUGUAUCUCAAUAUUAGUCAACCACAACGGCCCUAUUUCUACGCACUGUGAAGGCUGCCAUGCCGUCAGCACUGAGAAACAGACUUGAUAUCACAGCAAUGCUUCCUCCUUAGAUAAAUAACGUCUAUGAACAAGGGGGUUAGUCUAUAUUCUUUAAUAAUUAAUUAACAUAUUAUUAAGAAGUGUAAAUUGAGGCUCUAUGUUCUCCAUUACAAUAAGCGAAUAUAAUGUAUAUUUAACUGCAUUUAUGUUUAGAAUAAGUAUCUAAAAAGACGGCUUUGUAUUUUAUUCCGUAUGCGGAACGAGAACCUUUCGAUUUAAUAUGAAGGUCAUUGUAUCGUAAAAAAAUAUAUUUACAAUUAGUACUAAUUGACUUGUAAAAUAAUAUUUGAUUUGUUGCUGGCUUUUUAAUUCGACGGUUAAGUUUUAUCGGAGGAAUAACUUAAAAAAAUUAUAAGUUACGAAAUAUAUGGAAAUUGCAAAGUGGUUAAUUCCUUCGAAUGAAAUAAACCUGACGAAGAUAAUAUCUGUCAGAAAAAUUAAAUAACGCGUUCUACAGGGCAAGUUUUUAUUAUUUACAUUCUUGAACCGUGGAAUAAAAUCAAAAAUUGAACUUAUUGAACAUUUAAAAUAAUUAUAACUUAAAAUAUAUUGUAACUGACAUGUGUAGUUGGUUACAAAAAAAAAAAACGUAUUGUUAAUUCCAUGUUAUGACGGGCAGGCUUAGUGUUGAAACUUUGUUUUUAUCUAAUAUUUUUCAAAAUAGGCCAUCUUCGCAAAUUAAUACUGCGUUUCUGUGCUUUUAACCGUCAUGGAUUUGGUCCUAUUUGGAAUUUACCGAUUCAUUUCCGUUUCCAUUUUCUGAAGUAAAAGAAAAUGUAAUUUAUGACGAAAUGUAAAUAAAUAUUAUUGUAAGAAACCAGUCUUUUAAUAGGAUAAUUUACAAAUAUCUAGAUUGUAAAAGUCAAAGAACAAUAACUACACAUACUGACGAGCCUCAUUAGCGCAUUUACGCCAAAAUUUUUCAACUAUAAGAAAUUGACAAUUUA